AUGUAUCUUCCGCGCCAGCUCAUCUCGCAACUAUACCUCCAACUUCUCCGAUCCCACCACCCCCUCUCCCCACCAGUCCUAAUUCUCGUGGCGCUCGAGCCAGACGCGUUAUGUGCCUGUCGAAUUCUGACCGCAUUGUUAAAACGCGACUACAUCCCUCAUAAAAUUCAACCCGUCGCUGGUUAUGGCGACCUCGCGCGCGCCGGCCAGGAAUUGGUCCAGCCCAUGCAGACUACCAAUGGAGGCAGCGGAGGUGUAGUUGUCUGUCUAGGUGUUGGUGGACUGGUUGAUCUGGCCGAGAUCCUCGCGCUCAGCAACCCCGAGGACGAGGUGGAGGAUAUGGGCGGGGUCGAGAUUUGGGUUUUCGACGCGCGCCGACCAUGGAAUUUGGGCAAUGUCUUUGGCGGACAGGCGGGCGGCGGUUCAGCCAUGGUGGAAAUCGAUGCGAAUGCGCGAAGGCGUGGACGAGGUGUAGACAAGGGAUGUAUCACUGCGGCUUAUUCUUCCAAAAACGGCGGCAUUGUGGUGUUUGACGAUGGUGACAUCGAAGAGGAGCUCAUUAAUGAGCGAGAGGCCUAUUACGCGUUGCUAGACAUGCCUGAAGUUGAUGAAGACGAUGACAGUGACGACGAGUUGAAUGGAGAUAUGGAUGGUGAUGAGACCGAGCCUGGUUCUAAAAAGCGCAAAUCAUGGUCCGGUCGCGAAGACGAGGAUGAUUCAGAUGAGGAUGAUGGACCUCCCCGACAGCGGAAACGAAGCAAUUCAGGCUCUUCAUUCGUCACAUCUCCAAGUCGACAAAGGAGAGCAGGGAUCAAUUCUUCCAACUCGUCACGUUCUGCCACUCCCACUAGCGACUCGCCUUCUCCUGCGGAGACAAAACAACCCUCGGGACGGUCUCUAAAACGACGCCUAAUUCGACUCAAGAGGAAACAUGAAGCAGUGUUGCAGACCUACUAUGCUUCCGGUACAUCAUACUCGGAACCAAUUUCAUCACUCGUUUACUCUUUAGCGUCCGAGCUUGGUCGAGACGACAAUGAUCUCCUUUGGCUUGCCAUUGUUGGCGUUUCCAGUCUAGAGCUCAGUGGUCGAUCUAUGACCGGCGUGGGAAUUUCAAAUACACUGGAGUCAGGAGGCUCCGCUGGAUGGGGAGGACAACGUGGAGAGCACAUUCGCCAGAUCUUUCGGGACGAAGUUCACCGUCUCAACCCGCCUGACCCUAUGGAACGAGACCGAGACAUUAGAGGAGAAAUCAAUGGUGUCAUUCCAACCACUGCUAGAUCUCCAACAGACACGUCAAUCCGCCUCUCCCCCGAGCCACGUUUCUUGCUAGUUCGCCAUUGGUCGCUCUAUGAGAGCAUGCUACACAGCCCCUAUCUAGCUCCGAGGCUUCAUGUCUGGACCGAGAAUGGCCGCAAACGACUCCAUAAACUCCUCGCCAAGAUGGGUAUCAGUCUUACGCAGUGCCACCAGUACUACACACAUAUGGAUAUGGAAUUGAAGCGAGUACUCCGGGGACGAUUACUCAAGUAUGCACCUCUGUAUGGUCUUGAGGGCUUGGUUCCUCCGGAGCCAUCUGGGCACUCCAGCUCCCGGGAGGGCUGGGGAUUUGUUCGCUGCUGGGGAUGGAAAGCAUGUCUUUCAGCCACGGAUGUUGGUGUUAUCCUUGGUGCUAUGCUGGAAGUGGGUCCUCAGGAGGCCUCACCGUCCUGGGAUGUUAAGCGUGUCCAACGAGCACCAGGAUCGACCGAUGAUACCGAAAAUGGAGGUGUCACUGGAGAGUCAGAUUUGGCUAGUCUUCUUCCCCGUUUCUGGAGUGCAUAUGAUGCACUCUCACUCACUUCUGAAUCACCAACUCUACUGAUGGAAGCUUUGCCCUUGGCUCAACACCUUCAUCGGGCCAUCCUUCGCACUGGAACCUCGUUGCUUUCGAAGCAUCAGAUUCGACAUCUUCGGGCCUUCCGUAUUGCAGUUGUGAAAGAUGGGCCUGACGUGAAACUUUUCACCAAUCCAGGAGCUUUGACCAAAUUAGCCCUAUGGGUUGCAGAAGCUAUUCGAGUACAGGAACGUGAGAAGGGAGACUCGGUGAAGAUUGGACGUAAGCGAGCUGCCGGUACACCCCUUGUGCUCGCAGGUCUUGACGAAGACCGGGACCUGUACGUGGUAGUAGGUACAGGAGGUGGCGGUGGUGUGAUCGACUUCGCAGCUAUGUCCAAGCGCCAAGAAGAGCGCCGCAAGAAGAAGGAAGUCAAAGAUAAGAAACAAAAAGAGCGAGAGGAAAAGCGGGCCAAGCGUGCCGCAGAACGUGCUGAGCGAGACGAUGAAGAAGAUGAAGAUGAAUCUGAAGAAUCUGAAUCAUCAUCUGAGUCCGAGUCCGAGUCCGAAGACGAGGGAGGUCAUCCCAGUAAAAAGCAUCUGUUGCGCAAUCGCUUUGGCAUUGCAUUCCAAGAAGUGGUCCAGGAGACCAAUGCCCGCGUCCGUAUUGACAGCUUCGAGCACUGUGUGGUUGAAGUAGCCAAGGAUGACCUUGGUGGAUUCUUGGAGGCAUUGAGCUUCCGCAGCGUUGUAGGCUAA